AUGUCUUCAUCAACCAACGUCUCGAAUUCUGCUGGUGAUUUGAACAACGAUUUUCCAUGCAUGCAAACAAAUUCUCAAAGAAAUGCACCGUAUCCGCUGGAUGUUCAUUUUCUAUUAAGAACACAGCUUCAAAAGAGGAGAGAAUACAAACCCAUUAAGGAGGAUUACGAAACAUCUGACUGUCAUACAAGUGUGAGUAAAAAGAAGGAAGAAGAUGAAGAUAGAUCUUGUAUUAGCCCUUGUCAAAGCACAGCUUCAUCCUUGAACAGCGAUGACGAGGAUCAUGAAACUGAGGCUGAUUUUGAGAAUGUGAGUAAGUGGUUCCCAUCACUGACUAUCAAGUAUCGUUAUGUUAUAACAGUCCGAUUUAUUGACGAAGGUAUUGACAAAACAGAACAACUCAGCCAUAAACCAAAAGAAACAGAUACCAUUUAA